AUGUUAGAAUAUACUGAAAUUAAGACUGAAAAUACGGAAAAUACUCAUGAAGUUAAACCAGCCACGGAAGAAUAUGCUUAUCUUGAAAGAGGUGGUUUCUCUUCAGAGAAAUUUAAAAUUGAACUCAGAGGACUACCAAAGUUCUAUGGAAUCGUGGAAUUAAAAAAGCUUAUGAAUCAGAAGCUUGGUUUAAACACAAGCAAAAUAAAGCGCCCAAAAAAUGGCAGUCACUGGCUCUAUGCCUGCUUCCAAAAUGACGAAGAUAGAAGUAAAGCUAUCAAAGCUCUCAAUGGAUUCUCAUGGAAAGGCAAAACACUUAUAGCAGAGGUAGCAAAGCCUGCACCAGAUCCUCUUGUUAGAAAGAGAAAACAAGAAGAUGGUGAGGGAGUUCAAAAUAAGAAAAAGAAAGAUGAUGGAAAGAGCCAAGAAGAGCGAUUGAAAGAUACCACUACUCCCUUUUGGAAUAUUCCCUAUGAAGAUCAACUCAAAAUUAAACAAAAUGAAAUUAAAAACAUAUUAAUGAAAUUUGACAAUGAUGUUUGGAAAAUAAGUAAGGAAAGAAGGAAUUAUAUUGAAACCAAACGUAAAGUACAUGCAGGAUUAAGUUUUGAACUUCUUCCUAUAAAGAAAUCACCAUUAACUGAAGGCUAUAGGAAUAAAUGUGAAUUCACAGUUGGAAUAGAUGAUGAAUCAAAAUUACCUACUGUUGGAUUCAGACUAGGGAGUUAUGUUACUGGCACAGUGGGUGUUGCUCCAAUACAUAUCUUGAAUCAUAUAUCAGAGUCAACAAAGAGAGCUGUACUGCUUUUUGAAGAGUUUGUUCGGAAAUCGGAAUUAGCUCCAUUCUCACCUGCUGACUAUUCUGGCUAUUGGAGAUAUUUGACUGUAAGACAUUCCUCGUUUAACGGAGAUGUUAUGCUUAUUGUUGCCAUGCAUCCUCAGAAUUUAACAGAAGAUGAACUAAAUGGAAUAAAAGAUAGUCUAAUUCAACACUUCAGUUCAGCAGAUGCUCUAGCUUGUGGGAUUAAAUCUGUCUAUUUUGAGCUUGUCACCAAAAAGAGAGCUGGUGAAGAUGGUUCUAAACCAAUACAUUUGAUGGGAUCUACUCACAUAAUAGAUACCAUACUGGGACAUCAGUUUAGGAUAUCCCCAGAGGCUUUCUUUCAGGUAAACACAGCAGGUGCGGACAUUCUCUACCAGAGUGCAAUCGACAUGAGUAUUGUGACGCCGCAGUCCACAGUCGUUGAUAUCUGCUGUGGAACUGGAACUAUAGGACUAUGCUUCGCUAAGCACUGCAAAAAAGUUCUCGGUCUGGAGUUGGUACCUGAAGCGGUGAAAGACGCGAAGGCGAAUGCAGAAUUUAAUGGCAUAGAGAACUGCGAAUUCUUCACGGGCAAAGCGGAGGACAUCCUGCCUUCUGUGCUGGCCAGGGCGGGCGGGGACGACCUGAUCGCUAUUGUGGACCCGCCUAGGGCCGGGCUACACAUGCGGGCCGUAACUCAGCUGCGGAACACUAAAAAGGUCAAACGACUGGUGUACAUCUCGUGCAGUCCUUCAUCAGCGGUGAAGAACUUUGUGGAUUUAUCCAGGGCUUCCUCUAAGACGUUGCGCGGGGCCCCAUUCUUGCCUGUACGCGCUGUGCCUGUUGAUAUGUUCCCGCAUACGAGACACGUCGAGUUGGCGAUACUGUUCGAGAGAGAGCAAACUGAAGAUGAAACAGAAGAAAAUCAACAGGCAAAAAUCGAAACUGAAGAACCACAAAGUGAAGAAACUCUGAUCAAUGAAGACUAGAAGAUGGCAUGA